GCGACUGCUCUGGCCUGGAGUCACGUGUUCCAUUAUGAAAACAUGGCCGACGGGGUAGGUGAAACAAACACAGCCGCUGAGGAAAGCGAGGCAAAAGAAGAGGAACCCAAAGUUUUGGAAGUUCUUCCAGACAGCCACCCUGUUGGCAUUAGCAGCGAUGAAGAGGCUCCAAAAGACAAACCGGCGACCGAGAGCAACUGGUCAACACCGAUCCUGUCGCUGGCACGGAAGGCGACCGAGACGAUCAGCAGUGGGGUCAGCUACCGUGCAGCUUUGAGAAACGCCACAUCGUCGGGAUCUGCCGCGAGCUCUCCGACGAGUCCGACUAUACAAAACUCUACGGAGAAUGACACCAACACUAACCAAUACCUACCAGCUGUGAAGGACCAUAUGGCUGUGGAGCGCUCCAACCUGUUCAGUAUGAUGAAGCUGAGUAUUAAGGUCCUGAUCCAGUCAUCUCUGAGUCUGGGCAGAACCCUGGACUCUGACUACCCUCCUCUGCAGCAGUUCUUUGUGGUUCUGGAGCACUGCCUCAAACACGGACUGAAAGUGAAGAAGUCAUUCAUCAAUCAGAAUAAGUCUAUCUGGGGUCCUCUGGAGCUGGUUCAGAAGCUGUGUCCUGAGUCUACUGAUAUUGCCACCAGCGCCAGAGACCUGCCAGGGCUAAAGACUGGGUUAGGUCGGGCUCGGGCCUGGCUGCAUCUGGCCCUGAUGCAGAAGAAGUUGUCUGACUACCUGAAAGCCCUGCUAGACCAUAAGGACCUCCUGUGUGAGUUCUAUGAUCCAGGAGCGUUGAUGAUGGAGGAGGAGGGGACAGUGAUAGGAGGGAUGCUGGUGGGGCUAAACGUCAUCGACGCUAACCUCUGUAUCAAAGGAGAGGACCUGGAUUCCCAGGUUGGGGUCAUAGACUUCUCCUUGUACCUGAAGGACCCUAUGACCACUGAGACCACUAAGGACGAUGCUAAAAUGACGGCCAUAUUGGACCAGAAGCACUACAUUGAGGAGCUGAACAGACACCUGAGCUGCUCCGUCACUGACCUGCAGGCCAAGAUGGACUCCAUAGAGAAGACCAACAGCAAGCUCAUUGAGGAGCUGACGGCAGCGACAGACAGAAUUAACUCGUUACGGGAGGAACAGGAAUCACUGAGACAUGAGAAUGAGACCAUCGUCCAGAGCAGCCAGAAGAAAGAGGAGGCGACCCUGGAGGACAGCGCAGUAGAGCUGGAGACAUACAGACAGACACGGCAGGGUCUGGAUGAGAUGUACAGCGUGGUGUGGAAACAGUACCAGGAGGAGAAACGCAUCAGACAGGAGUUGGAGCGGGAGUUGGAGCUUCAGGGAGGACUAAAGCAGGAGAUGGAGAUGGCCAUGAGGCUGCUGGAGAAAGACACGCAUGAGAAACAGGACACACUGCAAGCCCUCCGACACCAACUAGACCAGGUCAAAACCCUCAACCUGCAGAUGUUCCAUAAGGCACAGGACUGUGAGCGCGAGGCCCAGAGGAAGCAGGAGGCGGCAGGACAACUGGAGGAGAAGAUGAACCAGAUGGAGACCACCAUUAAGGAGAUGGAGCAGAGACUGCAGAACUCUGAGCGUGAUCGCAGACAGUGUGACCAGACAGACAGAGACAUGAGGACAGAGCUGGAGGGCAGAGUGGACUCCCUACAGAAACAACUGUCUGACCUGGACACACUGAGGCUGGGUCUGGAGAGUGAUCUGUGCAGUGAGAAGGAGCAGAGACAGGCCAUUCAGAGAGCUCUACAGAGAGAACAGGACAACAGCACUGAGCUACGCACCCAACUACAACAGAUACAGGGGCUACACACGGAGCUGCAAGAUGUUCGUCAGGAGAAGAAGCAGCUCCAGCAGAGCUGUCAGGAGCAGGAGACAGCCUUACAGGAGAUGGGCCUACACCUCAGCCAGUCGAAACUGAAGAUGGAGGACUUCAAAGAGGUCAAUAAAGCCCUGAAGGUAACGUAUUCCCUGUCCUCCAUAACACUUCCCCUUUCCCCUAGCCCUCUGUUACACCAAGUCUCUAUGGAGUUUACUAGUGAAGAACAGAAGAGACGGGUACUCCUUGGUGGUCUCGCUGGUCAUAGAGUCCUUCAGGGCCAAGCCUGGCUGAAAGACGACGAGGCUACACAGUGUAAACACUGUCAGAAGGAGUUCUCCAUCGCUCGCAGAAAGCACCACUGUAGGAACUGUGGAGAUAUCUACUGCAACAGUUGUUCUAGUAACGAGUUGGCCCUGCCCUCCUACCCUCGACCUGUACGGGUCUGUGACAUCUGCCAUUCCCUCCUGCUGCAGAGGAGCACCUCCUGACAGAACCCACACACAUAGGACCCUCACACACGCUCUCCUUCUCACUCAAUCUUUCUUCCCUCGCUCAAGUCAUUGUAGUGAUCAAAGCCCACAGUACUAUUGGUCACUGAGAAAACAUUUAUCAUAUUUGAGCACGAACAGGGGCUUUGGUGUAAUCUAUAAUGUUUAUAAAGUUCAAGAUGUUUGGGCAUGGUUGAUUGUUGAACGGUAGAAGGUACUGCCUUCUCUCUUUUAAACUCACCUGAGGGGAUUUCACAAAGUAAGAUCAAUAAAGAAUACAAUGAGUCAGCCAGCUGUUACAAACUAACUCCAUUCCCAGUUAUACUCCAUAUACCUUCUAGGAUGCUGAAUUUAAAGGAUAGUUGUAGUUGAAGGGAGCCACAGGGUAUUGGAACAGGCAUCAGUAUUUGUGUUGUAUUAUGAAUGACCCAAUAUGCAACAAUGUCACAAUUGGGGGGAAAUGUUAGUAGACGAACUGACCUUCAAUAAUAGCAUUGUGUUGAUUCACUUUAUUAUAAAUCAGGAGUUUCUCAGUUUUGAAAAGGUCUAUCUUCGAGGCGAUUAUAUAGAUCAUUUCAAGUGGUUCUUUCACUUCCAGUGAAGCAAAGGAACCAAGUUAUUUUCUGUUCAUCUUAACCUGCCUAGCUGAAGAAUUGUGGAUUUGUUAGACCCAGGUCUUUUUUAUUGUAAAUGACUACAGAAUGUUCUUAACAAAUCAAGAUACUAAAGGUCUAUUUUAGAAUGUAUAUAAAUAACGAUCAUUUUGUGGAUUGAUUGUGACCAGUGCUACUAAAACAGCCACUUUCUGACGGGUAAUCGGGGCAUGUUUUCUAUAAAGACAUCUAAUUUAAUAAAAACGUAUCUGAA